AUGGCUGAGGUGAGAGACAGCGUUGAAGGAGGGUUCUUCCUGCUGGCCCCAGUCCAAGUCCUUAACACUUUGAUCCAUGACUUUGAUGAUAAUGAAAUAGAACAUGUGGAGCACUUCAAAUAUAAGCAGACAUUAGAACGGAAGUUAACUGUCACCUCAAUCAUUGGCUUGGGCUUCACGCUUAUGGGUGUACCCUUUGGACUCUCCCUGACACUAUGGAUCUCCCUUAUGGAUGGUGCCAAUGUCACCAUCUUGUAUGGCUGGAUAGUGGUAUCUGUGUUUCUGUUGUUAGUGGUGCUUAGUCUAAGCGAGAUCAUCUCCAAAUACCCUUCCGCCGGUGGGGUAUACCAUUUCAGUGCCAUCUUGAGCUCAGAAAACUAUUCAUUGUCAUGUUCCUGGUUUACCGGAUGGUUUCUUCUCAUAGGCAAUUGGACUUAUGCUUUAAGCAUCAUCUUUCUGGGCUCACAGUUUAUUCUUUCCAUCUUUGGCUUGAAAGACUCGUACUAUAAAGAGGACCGUUUCUUGGUGUUGGCGGUGUUCUUCAUCCUCUUAUCAUUUGCUGGAUUUGUCAAUUUCAGUUGUUCUAAGUACUUGGAUGGUAUCAAUAAAGCCUGCAUCUAUUGGUCUAUCUAUACGGUGUUGGCCAUUGAUGUCCUCUUGAUCUUCUUUGCUAAGAGAACUAACUCCAUCAAAGAUAUCCUUACCACCUUCGAUAAUAGUCGGUCAGGCUGGCCGGAUCCAAUUGCCUUUUUGGUCGGUUUACAGAGUUCCUCCUUCACUAUGACGGGAUACGGUCUGUUGUUUGCCAUGACAGAUGAAGUGAAAAAUCCGGAACGGAAUAUGCCUAAAGGGGCCAUCACGGCCACGUUAAUCACCUCCGUUACUGGGUUGAUCUUCAUCUUACCAAUAUUGACCAUUUUGCCUGAAUUAAACGUCAUCUUGGAUACCACUCCAGAAAUUAUGCCCAUAGAUUUGGUGUUUAAAUUUGCAACCGAUUCAUACAUUGUCUCUUUCCUUUUAACACUACUUUUGGUGGGAACAGUACUUUUUCAAGCCAUUGGGACCAUGACCACGGCCUCAAGAACUACAUAUGCAUUUGCUCGUGAUGGAGGAUUACCAUUUCAAAAUUUAUGGUUAGAAGUUGAUGAUGUUCAUGAAUCAAGAGUCCCCAAGAAUGCUCUAUUUCUUUCCAUGUUUAUGUGUGCGUUGCUUUCGUUGCUUUCUCUAAUUCUGAGCUCGGCUUUCAAUGCCUUUCUUGGUGCUUCUGUCGUGUCACUCGCUUUGGCCAAUGGAAUCCCCAUAGUGUGUCUAAUGUACAACAAAAGAAAGAAGAUCAAAGGGGCUGCUUUCAGAUUGAAGUACUUUGGGUGGAUCAUCAAUGGGUUAUCGGUGUUUUGGGUCUUUAUUCUGUGCAUUAUUGUUUGUUUACCACCCGUUAUCAGACAACUUAAUGCCGUUAAUAUGAACUAUGCAUCUGUGGUAUUGGUAGGCUUUAUCAUCAUGGUAACAAUCGGUUACCAGGCCUGGGGGAGAGGCAGUUUCCAUGGUCCAGCCAUUGAUACCGAUUAUGUGGAAUUGCACAAUAUGGAGGCUGCAUCCUCUCAGUUUGUGGUCCAUACUGACGAAGACGCAGAAGAAGGAGAGGGAGAAGAAGAAACAAAAACGGCCAGUAGUUCUACUUAUGACGGGGCUACAAUUCAUACACAGAGCUCUCCCCACGGAGAUGCCGAAACUUCAGACACAGAUACAAGGACCUUGGCGAACUCAGACGAUCCGGGUAAGAAGCUGACCCUAUUUGAAGUCAAUGAUAACGAAUAUUAA